CUGCUACCCACGACAAUUACCUAGGACGACCACCAAGAAUUCCUGCUGCAGCUGAUCGAAGGGAUGAGUACCACGACCAACGAUGACUCCUCCUCUGAGCUACCGUCCUCAGCCGACUUCCUCAUCGACGCCCUGCCCGGCCAGCCGAAGUCAACCACCCAAUCGAUCAUCCAAUAUGCCGGCCAUCUGCCCUCUCACCCUCCCUCGACCCUCAGCCCUCCUCCAGAUUCUCACCUGUGGUUUUGGCUAAUCCGAUCGAAGCACAUUGCCGACCGUGAAAAAUUUGUCAUCUGGUUCAACGGUGGACCCGGAUGUAGUUCUGCCGAAGGAGCUCUCAUGGAAAUCGGCCCACUCACCCCGAGUCUAAAAAAUGAACCAGGGAAGCCAAUCGAAUUGGUAGAAUCGACGAUUGGAUGGUCGGAAUACGCAAAUCUAUUAUUCAUCGAUCAGCCAGCUGGAACAGGUUACUCGUAUGUUAAUGUUGGAGAUGAUGUUCGCGAAUUGGCUGGGGCAUCUGAACAGGUGGUCGUGUUUCUCAAAAAUUUCUAUAAAGUCUUUCCAGAGUUUUCCAAAAUCGACACUUACCUCGCCGGAGAAUCGUUUGCAGGACAAUAUAUCCCCUACUUUGCUCAAGCUAUUCUUGAUACCGCAGCACUCUCGACGCCUUUAUUAGGGCUCAUGAUGGGUAACCCAUGGAUUAACCCUAAGGUCCAAUAUUUAUCUUAUUUAGAUUUUGCAUACGAACGAGGUAUGAUUGUAAAAGGUACCUCAAGCGCCGUGGAAGCAGAAAAGUCUUUUCAGAAGUGCAUAAAGGCCCUCAAGGGAAAAACCGAAUCUCAACGCAUCUUAGUCGAUUCAUGCGAAGAAGGUUUACAAUCUAUCCUUGAUGCUGGCGCGCAGGUAGUUAACGGGACAAAAAUGACUCCAGUUCCUUACAACAUUACCGAGAUGUCAGCUGAGGAGUCGGUGGAGUGGCCCAAGAAGAAUAAGAAUCUCAAGGCAUAUUUGGUCCAAAACUCUACUGUCUCAGCACUUCAUGCGACUGCCAAAACGGGAAAGUGGACUCUUUGUAAUGAUACCAUAGGGAAGGAAAUGUGGGUACCCAGAUCGGCGCCAUCUUCAACAUUGCUACCUGCCCUAGUCAAAAAGUUGAAAGUGAUAGUCUACGUUGGAGACCAAGAUUACAUGUGCAAUUCACUGGGCCUGAACCGAUCGAUAUCCGAGAUGGAAUGGAACGGUCAGAAGGGUUGGGGUGUUGAUGACAAAGGCCAGCAAAUCGUGCCCCAAGAUUAUUAUGUUAACGGCACCAAACAGGGAACCUGGACCGAAGCCCGUGGACUGACAUUUGUCAAGUAUGAUCGCGCUUCACAUCUAGUACCAUCCGAUGCACCACAUGCAGCACAUGACAUGCUUCUGAGAUUUAUGGGAGUAGAUGCCUUACUAGCGGCAGGCCCGGGGGGCUCACUUUCCUCACAAGUGGGCACGGACGAUCAUAAAGGAAUAAUUGUCAAGACACAUCCGAACGGCACGUUGGUUGACCAAGAUAAUCUGAUUACCGACCUGGACAAGAAGCCCAGCAUUGGGGCGGCGCCGAUCUUGGAGACCAUCGAAGAGCGACAAGCGUAUUACGGGCCACGCCAGACGAUCGCUCUCAUUGUCCUUCUAACCGGUCUGAGUCUAGGACUGGUGAUGUUGUUCAAGUGGCGUCGGAGACGCAGACGGGCCCGACACGGCUCCAAGAAUAAGGGAAGGGCCAUCAGUAUGCAGAGUCGAUCUCCGGAGGCGUAUGGCCAUCGUAACACUCUUCUGCGCCGAUCACCUAGCCCCACCCAACGCAAACAAUCACGCCACCCAACACGUAAACUGAAUGGCAAUCAUCUUACCCUCGACGAAGAGGCACAGGCUUUGGUCCAUGCUGAAGAAACUUCUAACUUGGAGCCAACUACUCUCUCUAGGAGAACUUCCCUCUUUUCUUCAGAUGUGCCCUCGCAUUCUCGUCAUGAGUCUCAGAUCUUCUCUUUGGAAGACGAGGAAGAAGAAGAUGAUGAUCAUCAUCAUCAAAACGUCUAAUAUUUCCAAUUCUAAUUGGCCACAAAAGAAACACCCCUCACUAGAUAAUUUCAUUUUGCAUCGUUCAUUGUUGAUAGGCCCUACUACUAGUGGCUUGUAAUUUAAUUCGGACAAUUCCAUUUCUUUGAUUUUCUUUUACAUGCUAUUUUUUGUUUUCUCAUUUUUUUUUUUGAAAAGUAGAUCGAUCAGAGGAUGAAUUUCUUGCAA